CGGAAGUGCAUAAGAGGUCAGCGUUGGUUUUCAAGAUGGCGGCCCUCAAUGCGCUGGUGUCCGGUUGUGGGCGGCUGUUCCGAGGGCUCCUGACAGGCCCGGCCGCGACCAGUUGCGCUCGGCCUCUAGCUCGCGGGUUCAGGGAAGUGGUGGAGAUCCAAGAAGGGAAGACGACUAUAAUCGAAGGCCGUAUCACAGGGACUCCCCAGGAAAGUCCAAAUCCCCCUAACCCUUCUGGCCAGUGCCCCAUCUGCCGGUGGAACCUGAAGCACAAAUAUGGCUACGAGGAUGUGCUCCUGCUCAGUCAGUUCAUCCGGCCUCAUGGAGGCAUGCUGCCCCGAAGGGUCACAGGCCUGUGCCAGGAAGAGCACCUCAAGAUUGAGGAGUGUGUGAAGAUGGCCCACCGGGCAGGUCUGUUGCCAAAUCACAGGCCUCAGCUUCCCGAAGGAUUUGUUCCAAAGAGCAAACCCCAACUCAACCGGUACCUGACCCGCUGGUCCCGCCGCUCGGUCAAGCCCAUCUACAAUAAAGGCCACCGCUGGAACAAAGUGCGCAUGGCUGUGGGGUCACCCCUCCUGAAAGACAACAUCUGCUACUCAAGAAGGCCGUUGGUGCUAUAUCAUUGACUGAGAGCAUGACCUCCUGAGCACCUGGCCAGAGCUGCUCCUGUGCUCCCGCCCCACCCUACCAGGGUGGCCCGGAUUCUCCAACAUGAACUGCACGAGGGUCAGUGGGACCAGCAGCAGUGCUGGGAGCUGGGGGCAGGCAGGGCAGUUGGGUCCCAUGGCAGCUGCUGGGGUCUCAUGACUGGCUGGGGCUGUGUUCAGAGCUGGGGGACAGGAGCUUUGCCCAAAGUAAUGUCAUAAACCAGGCUCAUGUCUCA